GUAAAGAUGGCAGAAGGAGGAGCGGCUGAUCUCGAUACUCAGAGAGGAGAGGUCGUGGCAUUGUUGAAAACUCAGUUAAGAAAAGGAGACACUUGGUUCUUGGUGGACAGUCGCUGGUUCAAACAGUGGAAGAAAUAUGUGGGUUAUGAUAGCUGGGACAAAUACCAGAUGGGGGACCAGAAUGUCUACCCAGGACCGGUGGACAACUCCGGCCUUCUCAAAG